AUGAAGGUUGCUACUCGGGUAGUAAGCCCGCCCGCUUUAAAAGCCCGGACGGCCCCAAACUUCACUUCCACCCCGAACUCGAGUAUCACAAGCUCCUGGAACCCAGACUGCGGCAAAUCCAAACCGUCCAAAUCCAACCACAACCACUCCCUCACUAGCCAAUCCCUACGCGACAAGUGGAUGGAGGUCCAGGGCAUCCGCAACUGGGAGGGCCUCCUUGACCCCCUCGACAACACCCUUCGGGACGAGAUCCUCCGCUACGGCGACUUCGUCGAGGCCGCCUACCGCGCCUUCUUCAACUCAGACGAACCAUGCCGCCUGAUCCCUCGCGGAUACACCAUCACGCGCUCCCUCCACGCCACGGGUUUUUUGAGCAUGUACACGACAGAGGGGGAGGAUGGGCGGCCGAGCCUAAGGGACGAGGUGAGGGAUGAGGUGGCGAGGGUGGUGGCGAGGUACGGCGGUGACGUAAGCGUGACGGUGACGGGGCACAGCUUGGGUGCUGCGCUGGCGACGCUGACGGGGCACGACGUAGGAAAAGAGUUUGGGGGGAUGGUGACGGUGGUGUCGUUCGGGGGGCCGAGGAUAGGGAACAAGGCGUUCAGGGAGGAAUUGGAGAAGAAUGGAACGAGGGUGCUGAGGAUAGUGAAUGCGGACGACCCGGUUACGAAGGUGCCGGGUUUCGUGCUGAACGACAACAGCGAACAGGUGGGGGGGAUGAGGUGGAUGGAGGAGACAGAGUGGGUUUACGCGGAGAUAGGGAAGGAGCUCAGGCUCAGUAGCAGAUCAGGCGGGGUGGCCACGUGUCACGAUCUCAAGACAUAUCUGAAGUUGGUCGACAACUGUCCGUUGCGAGCUACGGCAAGGAGGGUUUUGAGUCCGAAACAGCUGGAGAGACGGAGGAAGCUUGUGUGCUGA